AUGAAGGGCGACACUCUCUCUGUCUUCAUUGAGGCUAACCGCUUCCCUCCAGCUAUCAAUCAGACUCGCUACUCUAUCCUCAGAGCUGAGGCUGAUGCUGUUGCUGAGCGAAUGUUGAUCAUCGCCAGCAGCAAUAUCGACAAGGCUUCUAGAGCUUCACACUCGUACGGAACCCCUCAUAUGAACAGAUUGUCUGGUCACUCUGUCUAUGAGCUCGAAGCUAAUGAGAUCUCUGCUGCCGACCAGUCUCCUUCGUCCUCGAUCGAGCCGCCUGUUUUGCCCAGAAUAAGCGUCAUGAGUGCUUUCAACCCAUUCGAUGAGCCUGUAUCAUCACCACCAAGUCCCAUUCCGGAUAUGCUUAAGCCUACGUUCGAGACUGACUCAUUAACUACGGCUUCUUCGUCCCCUUCUCAGCCACCGACUAACUAUCUGCCUUUCAUUGCUCCCACAGCACCGUUCGAUCCUUACAAGGGAAGGUAUCAAGAUCAUCCUGCUGGACCUUAUGGUGCUCAGAAGUUCAAGAACAGACAGACGAUGAGCUCUGCACCUUUUGGUUUUGAAAGACCGGUCACACCUAGCUUUUCUGAUGAGAGUUCUUCAAACUUUGCACAAUGGUCUGAUGCAAGUUCGUCUGAUUCAUCUGAAAUCCCUGUUGCUGAUGAUGAAUGUUCUUCUUCAAGUCAGACUUCUUACUCACCCNCCAGAACACCUCUCUUUAGACCCUUUAAGAUCCCUCGCAAACCGCUGCCCCCUGGUGCAAAGCCCUUUCCUCCCAUCUCCUAUACACCUCCUGGUUCACCAAUUCGUCAUGACUCACUUCGAAACAGCAAUACUGCCCCUGAGUUUGUAAGCCCUGUUCCUGAAUACUCAGACCGCACGCUGUUGAGCACGACCNUAACUGGCCCUCCUCCCAGCAAUCGCAGUGUUGAAAGAAAGCCAGGGCCAAACCUCCACAAGCCUUUACCUCCUUCCCCUGCUCCUCUCGUCAACAUGUCUCAACGCCAGCGCCCUGCACCUUUGACUCAGCGCGGUGGCUGGGAGCAGGAGGAGCGUAGGCUUUCAAGGCCUUCCGGUUAUGGUAUGCAAUCAAGCCCUUCGCGCAGUCCCGAGAUCAUACCCAGACCUGUUACUGCUGCUGACCGUGUGCGUAGCGAUUUGAGAGAUGUCAAGGAUAGAUUCUUGGACAAGUGGUUCAAGCUCAGACGUUUUUGA